AUCAUGACGGUAGAGCUAGUCAAUCUAGUCAAUGGCCUCUCCUGCUACACCACAUCCCAACGUGAGGCCCGCCUUAUCUAUAAGGAGAUCUAUGAAGACCGCUGCUAUGACGGCUUCAAUCUCCCAGAUUCACCCUUUAUUAUUGACGCAGGGGCCAAUAUUGGACUUUUUUCUUUAUACAUAAAGCAGCAAUGUCCGUCAGCUACAAUUCUUGCGUUCGAGCCAGCUCCAGAGACAUAUAAAAUUCUACGCCAGAACCUGAAGUUAAAUAAUACAGCUGGAGUUAAGCCCUAUGCUUGUGGUUUAAGCUCAAAUGCAACAGCUGCUAAGCUCGUAUACUUCCCUCACCUCCCUGGUAACUCGACUCUAUACCCAGAGGAUAAGGUAGAAAUACGGCGCAGAUUUACACAACGUUAUAGUGAAGAAGUUGCAGCUGAGGUGUUCGGCCAUAGCCAGGAGGUUGACAUCAGCCUUCAAAGGCUAUCACACUUUCUAGACGGCUAUAUAGGGCUAGAAAGAAUUGACCUAAUCAAGGUUGAUGUUGAGGGUGCUGAGCUAGAUGUGUUGCUUGGCGUGGAUGAUAAAUACUGGGAUAUGGUACGUAAUGUUGUGCUGGAAACCUGGGCUGACUCUGGAGUUAAACCCGCGAUUGAAGAGCUUUUAAAAGGCAAGGGCUUUGAUGUUGUCAUUGAGAAAACUAGGUCGCUGCCAGAAAAUACGUUUAUAAUUCGUGCCUAUCGUGAUAAAGCGGUUUAA